UAGCUGAAUUCCCUUCUAUAUAAAACCCUACUCACUUCGCCUUUCAAUCAACAACAACAUCAAUCAUCUUUCUUUCUUCGAGCUCUUUAGUAAAUAUUCAUUGGUGUUCUUCUGACUCUUACUCUGAACAAUGGCAUCUCCAAAGAUCUUGAUUUUGUUGGCACUCUGUGUCCUGCCUGCUCUACUUGUUGACGCUCGUCCCCUCGAAGACCCUUAUCACGUCCAUGGUCGUGUAUACUGUGAAACCUGUCAUCUUGGUUGUGAACACAAUCUUGUCACUUACAUCCAAGGUGCUGUGGUGAAGAUUGUAUGCAAAGAUGAUGAAGACUAUAACAUAAAUUACAGCAGAGCCGGAGUUACAGGUCCAGACGGAAGAUAUAAAAUUGAAGUAAGAGAAGACCACAAAGAUGACUACUGUUUCGCUGUUCUCGUCAGCAGUCCUCAGUCCGAUUGUAACACAAUCGUCGACGGACUUCACCAAGUGACUGCUGUUCUUACCAACGACAACGGUUUACCAUCACAUGAACGUAACGUCAACAGCUUGGGGUUCAGAAAGGAUACCAAAGUCGCUGGCUGCUCUGGUCUUGUUCAGCUAUUCAACUCUGAUGUCUAGAUAUCGAACCACACCUUACCAGUGAAUGUUGUUAUUAAUAUUAUUUUUUCUUGUCAAUUUUAGUUCUCCAUUAAGGAUUUUGGUUGGGUAGUAGUUUUUAUCAGUUGAUGAUUAGUAGCCAGAAAAUCCGAACGAAGAAAUUCUUGGGGAUGAAUGAAUUUUGCUUUGUAGUAAGUAGUGGUAUGUGGAGCAAAUGCUGCUGCUGCUGUUGUUGUCUUCGUCGUCUAUGUUUAUUAGGUUAUACAAUCGGAAUAAAAAGAUCAAUAGGAUCACAUUAAUCCAGUCAUCAUAUGUUUUGGAUUCUUGAAGAUCUUUUGAUUCUCAUUUUUUACACUAGGGAACAAAAAAAGGCACCUGUUGUGGCUCAUUCAAUAUGUACUUGUUAAGCUUUUACAGAUAAAGAAAUUAAGAGAAAAACAACAUAUAUAAUAUAUUGCUUA